AAAUCUAUUGUUUUGAAAGUUGAAUUUUGUAGCAAUGCAGAUGCGCGGUAUUUUAAAUUUUGUUGUUGAAUUUAUAUUAGAAACUAUUGAAUUUUCUUAGUAGAUGUGUAUAAUACUAGAAACCGUAUCUUAAAAUCCGUCCAAAGUGGAUGUAUUGUCUAUAAAAUUCCUUGUAAAUCUUAAAAAUAUACAACCAUUUUUAAUUUUUAAACCUAAUCGGUAAAACCUGGAUGAUGGAAGGCGUUAGCUCUCGGACUCAAGUUGUGUAUAAUAGUAGGGAUCAAAGUAUUAACAAUAGUGCCUUCAAAAGUGGUUACGAGCUAGAUCUGUGGCAGGAAGUGAGAAAACGUUGGAUGGUGGUGGGAGUGCUGCUGGCGAUGUCGCUGGCCGUGCUGGCGCCGCGGCUGGGGGCUCCCGGAGGGUUUCUGCACUCGGAGUACGUGUCGUACCUGCCGCUGUGGUACAUCUACUUCGCGGCGGGGCGCACGCGCGCGCACGCUGCCCGCGCGCGCCUCUACGCGCUCACGGCGCUGCACGCGCAGCUGGGCGCCGCCGCGCUGUGCGCCGUCGCCGUCAGCGCGCUCGCCGCCGCGCUCGACCGCAGGGUCAUUGAGGGAGCGAUGCUGGCGUCGGUGGCGCGGCCGUGCGCGUGGCUGCCGCUGUCGCUGUCGCAGGACGGCGUGACGCCCGCGCUGGCCGCCGUCAACUACGCCGCGUCCUUCGUGCUGUCGCCGCUCGUGCACCUGCUGCUGUGUGGACGAAUCCCAAUACCUCUAAUUAAACGCGUAUUCAUAACUAUUGCGACGGCUUUUGUACCGUUUACACUCGGUACUUUGGCGCAGAAGACUGAUAUAGAUCCUCGUAGUAGUAAAGUAUCAGCUCUGGUGAUACUAUACACAGAGUGUUGCCAGUUGUUGAGAGAAGCGGAGGGAAGCUUAUACAUUACUGAUGUGAUGGCAACACUAUUCCUAGUAAUAAGCUGGUUAACAACGGUGGCUACGUCCAGCUAUCUCUAUGUCAAGUGUGGAAUGUUAACGCUGAACGAGGCGCACGCAUUGUUGCUGGUUUCUACGCCCAAAUCUAUUCAUAUUGAAUGGAUAUCGGCAACACUAUGCACAGCGUCAGGACUUGCUCGACUUCCGGCUGUUUUUAUAGCGCCCGCUCAAGCGCUGUUGCUAGCGGCUAUCACAGGUGAUGAUCAAGGUGAUGAUGAUAAUGCCGAUGAUGGUGAUAGUGAUGAGUUGCCUAGAUAGAAUCUAGCGGAAUGACAACAGAUAGAAGCAGCGUCGGUGUUUAAAAAUUCAAGAUCCGAUUUUUAGGCGAUUAUUAUCAAAUCUUUACCUAGACCUUUAGGCGAUUAUUAUUCUUACUUUAUCUAUUAGACCCUGUUCUUUUACCUUUCUUUAGGCGAUUAUUAUCAAAUCUUUACCUAUUAGACGCUGUUCUAAAGCGAUUUUAAAUCGGUAGAUAUAAACGGGUUGUUUAAAAAUAUUGCACGUGAUGUAAAAGAGAAUGUAAUGUUAGAUUGCAAUGGCGAGUUGCGGUGAUUUUAAAGAGACAUUUGAUUUCAUUAGGUAAGUGACUCAUUUUUGUUUUAGUAGCCAUUUUAUUUUUCAUUAGGCAAUUCGUCGUACCUAUUUUAUUAGCAAUUUGUCUAUGCAAUCUAAUAAUACAGUCAUAUUUGUUAAACUCGAAGCCUUCCCGGUAACGUAUAUUGUGAUGAUGGUAGUGAGAAUGAAUUUUUGUAGAUAACAUAGGAAUUAGUUUUUAUCAUUGUUGCUAUUUAUAGAUAGUUUAGAUUCAAGCCAUACAAAAUGGUUUGUAAAGCGGAACAUUACACAAAAGUAUUAUACCCCAAAAUUGCUUCAAAGCACGCGAUAUUAGUUGAUUAUGAAUUAAUGAGCUCUGUCUAAUUACCAAAUUUUACAAUACUCUGCUGAAUUUGACCUACUGUUAAAAAGAGGCCUUAGAAAAUAUAGCCUUAAGUAUGUAGUUUUUAAGCAAGACAAAAGGAAUUUCCAUCCUGUAUGAAUGUAGAUUUCGCAACAGUUGCAAUGUUUGUUGCUAAGCAACCGGUAUGAAAAAAAUGCAGGAAUAUAGAAUAGGACAUGCUGUGUGAGGUAUUUGCAAUGUGAUUUUCGAUAUACGAUAAUAAUAAACUCAUGUGACUUCACGUUCAAUGACUUACACUAUAAGUAGAUAAAUUCGGGAUUCUUCUCAGUAGUAAUAAAAUUUAAAAGGUUGUAAUUUUAAAAGAAAAUGUUUCAUAGUUUAUAUUUAAUAUUUCCUAGAACAAGUGUGCUCAUAAAUUUCCAAUUUUAAAAGUAAUCAUAAUAAAUAAUAUUUGAUAGCAACGAAAUUAUUAUUCCAAGUUCGUUGGGUCCAGUUAUUGUGUAAUUAGUUAUAGGUUGUUGACAAUUUUUAAAAAUAAAGUUAUUUCUUCUGAAUACGA